CGAUAGCACGAGGAGUGUGACGCGCUUGCGGCGCAGGGGGCGACUCGGGUCGGUGAACGUCCGUGGCAAGCCGUUGUUCCGAAAGUUAAGGAUAAGUUCGCCUUUUCCGGAGAUACCCGCAGACGGGCCCGGUGCUCCGUGAUUUUAGCUUCCUAGUUGUUGUCACCGCGUACUUUUGUUGGAUUAUUUUUUGUGAUUUUUGCUCAAACUUAGCUACCAACGAUGAGCUUCCUAUUUGGCAGCCGCUCGUCGAAAACCUUCAAACCCAAGAAGAACAUUCCUGAAGGCUCCCACCAAUAUGAGCUUCUGAAGCAUGCUGAGGCUACAUUGGGCAGUGGGAACCUCCGCCAGGCAGUCAUGUUACCUGAGGGGGAGGACCUUAAUGAGUGGAUUGCUGUGAACACUGUAGACUUCUUCAACCAAAUCAACAUGCUGUAUGGCACCAUCACAGAGUUCUGCACCGAGAGCAGCUGUGCCGUGAUGUCCGCCGGGCCCCGGUAUGAGUAUCACUGGGCUGAUGGCACGAAUAUUAAGAAACCUAUUAAGUGUUCUGCCCCAAAGUACAUCGACUACCUCAUGUCCUGGGUGCAGGAUCAGCUGGACGACGAGACUCUCUUCCCUUCCAAGAUUGGUGUUCCUUUCCCCAAGAACUUCAUGUCUGUGGCCAAGACCAUCCUGAAGCGCCUCUUUCGGGUCUAUGCUCACAUCUACCACCAGCACUUCGACUCCGUCAUUCAGCUUCAGGAGGAAGCCCACCUGAACACCUCCUUCAAACAUUUCAUCUUCUUUGUGCAGGAGUUCAACCUGAUUGACCGGCGAGAGUUGGCUCCCCUACAGGACCUGAUAGAGAAGCUGGGUUCUAAGGACAGAUAGACCUUCUCAUUCGGCCUAAGCAACUUUUUCUCUCACUCUCGUUGCCUCAGAAAAGCCAGAUAAUCUCACUUUUUUGCUCUUUCCUUUCAACCUCUGGUUGAGUAAUCAAUCCUUAUUCCUAAAUGCACAUAACUCAAUAUCUCCUUGCCUGUUUUUACAACAGCUUCUGUCUAUAUCAACCCCAUAUCUAAUGAAUUUCUUGGACAAUCCAGACAGUUUAAUUAUUUUGAGUCAGCAAAAUUCUUUUCAGGAGUUUUGGAGAGUGAUUUCCCCCCCUUUUUAGAAUUGUAUUUCAUAUCAAGAUUUUAGUACAUAAAAUUCUUUAAAUUGUCAUAUAUAUAUAUAGAAAAGCAAAUGUAUAAUUUUUGUAAGAGUUACAUAUUAAUUUUUAAAUCUCGGAACUACUUUUUUGUCAUUGUGGACCAAUAUUUGUUAUAACUGAAACCAGCAAUGUCAAUACCUUGGCAAAGAAGUAUCUAAAAUAUAAAUAUCCACAAUUUUUAUAAAGGUUGGCAAGAGAUUGUAAACUGGAAAAUAUUAGCUCUGAGUCGUUAUCUUUUUAGUAAAUUGCAAAGCAUUGCAAAGAUUGAUUUGAAAUAAAAUGAAAGUCAGUUUACAUAACAUGUUGCCACCUAAAUUCUCAGGACAUUUUACUUGAGACCUUUGGAGUUUUUAAUAACAAUCAUAGCAGGGACGUUUCAAAUUUUAAAUCUUAAAUUAUCAUUCAGUGUCAGUAUAAUGACACUCUAUGGUACAUUAUUUGAAUAUUACAGACUUUCCAGGCCUUUUUCACCUGUAGCAUCUUUUUAUAUUCAUGUAAAAUGGUUUCUGUCUCUUCUGGUUUUUAUCCAUUAUAUAUUUCCUUUCGGCAAGACAUUUAUAUUUUAAUAUUUUUUAUUAUUUCAGAAGUUACUGUUGGAGCUCAGAACUUUUUAUUUGUAUGUUGAUGAGUAGUUUUGUGUGACUUUAUAUUCUCUUUCUGUUUGUUUUUGUUGUUUCAGUUUUACAUUAUCCAGGUAAUGAUUUUUUUUUUUUUUUACAAAAUAUUUACUACUUUUAAAUUCUGUUGGAUAGUUCGUCAGUAUCCUUAAAUACUUCACCGAAUUUCAUAAUUUUGAUUCAAGGGCACCAUUCCCUUCUCCUCUUGAAAUAGAUUGCCAUUGACCUGGUAUGUGCUUUCAUGUUCUCUCAUAAAUGUGAACCUCACACUUGGUAUUUAUAACAGGGAGGGAAAUGGCUGGGACAGUAUAUGCUUUGAUGGAAGGGAACUGUAUGCCGAACAACAAUGUACCAGGAAACUGAUUAAAGUUUGAAUUUUUGUGUUUGAUUAAACUUUAUUUUUAGUGUAGUUGAAGGUUACUUUCACCUUUAAUACUAUUUCCCUUUGCUUUUUUGCAUUUGAUUUUAAUUGUUUUAUAAAUCAUCAAAUUAAACACAAUGAGGCCUAUAAUUUUUUAAUGCAUCAUACAGAUAGACAUUUUCGUAAUUAGCUGGUCUAUUGCUAUAAUUUCUUUUAUUGUUGGUUUAUAUAUUUUUAGUACAUUACCUGUACAUAUCUGUGCCUUUGCAAAAAUGUCUAUAUUGUGGAAGAAAUAGCUGGAUGAAUUUUAAAUAAACGUGACAGACCUGGUUAUGGAA